AUGGUAGAUGAAUCAACAAAGAAGACAUUAAGUAAUAUUCCAUUAUUACAAACAAAAGCAGGUCCUAGAGAUAAAGAAUUAUGGGUUCAGAGACUAAAAGAAGAAUACCAAGCUUUAAUUAAAUAUGUAAAAAAUAAUAAAGAAUCUGACAAUGACUGGUUUCGCCUGGAAUCAAAUAAAGAAGGUACAAAAUGGUUUGGUAAAUGUUGGUACAUACAUAAUUUUUUAAAAUAUGAAUUUGACAUUGAGUUUGAUAUACCUAUAACAUAUCCUACAACAGCACCUGAAAUUUCUUUACCAGAACUAGAUGGUAAAACAGCAAAAAUGUAUCGAGGUGGAAAGAUUUGUCUUACUGAUCAUUUUAAACCAUUAUGGGCACGUAAUGUACCAAAAUUUGGAAUUGCACAUGCCAUGGCACUUGGAGUAAGUUUUUGUCUUUUAUCUGUAAGCCCGUUUAUGUUUAUAAAUAAAUUUUUAAGCCAGAUUAUUGUAACAUAUAUUUUGUCAUAACGUAUAUUUAAAAAAUUUAUUAUAUUUUCAGCUUGGACCUUGGUUAGCAGUUGAAAUUCCUGAUCUUAUAGAAAAAGGUGCUGUAGCCCAUAAAGAUAAAAUUGAUGAAUAUAAAUCAUAA